GUGAGAUAUAAAAGUCGCAAAAACAGCUCAAAGAAGGGAAAUUUGAACCAAACCCAUUCCUCGUCUCUAAUGAGACUCAUCAUCAAACGCCAUUGCCGUAGUUUCACCUCUCAAAAUCUAAAGAAUUCGACACACCCACCAACAAAACAGUCUCAAAUUCUCCAAUUUUGCGGCUCAGGCCUACUCUACGAUGCUCUACACACCCUAAACUCCCUCGAUUCCUUCGAUUCCACCACCAACAAAUCCAUUCUCUACGCUUCUCUCCUGCAAACCUGCACCAAGGUUGCUUCCUUCAGCCAUGGCCGUCAAAUUCAUGCCCAUGUUCUUAAAUCUGGCCUUGAAGCUGACCGGUUUGUUGGGAAUAGCUUACUUUCUCUUUACUUUAAAUUGGGUUCUGAUGUCCGGCUGACUCGAAGAGUAUUCGAUGGUCUUUUUGUGAAGGAUGUGGUGUCCUGGACGUCCAUGAUUACGAGCUAUGUUCGAGAAGGUAAACCUGGUAAUGCGAUUGAAUUGUUUUGGGAUAUGUUGGAUUUAGGGAUUGAGCCUAAUGGGUUUACUUUAUCGGCUGUGAUCAAGGCGUGUUCUGAGAUUGGGAAUUUGGUACUUGGUCGAUGCUUUCAUGGGUUAGUUGUUAGGCAUGGAUUCAAUUCAAAUCAUGUCAUUGUGAGUUCUUUGAUAGACAUGUACGGGAGAAACUUUGCUUCGAGCGAUGCACGCCAGCUGUUCGAUGAAAUGCCUGAACCAGAUGCAAUAUGUUGGACCUCUGUUAUUUCAGCUCUUACAAGGAAUGAUUUGUAUGAGGAUGCAUUGGGUUUCUUUUAUUUGAUGCUAAGAACUUAUAGUUUGUCUCCUGAUGGUUUUACAUUUGGUUCUGUAUUGACUGCCUGUGCUAAUUUGGGGAGAUUGAGGCAAGGUGAAGAAGUUCAUGCUAAGGUGAUUGUGCAUGGACUUGGUGGGAAUGUGGUGGUCGAGAGUAGUCUGGUCGAUAUGUAUGGGAAAUGUGGAGCGGUUGAGAAGUCUCAACGCGUGUUCGAUAGGAUGUCGAAGAGGAACUCGGUUUCGUGGUCUGCAUUGCUUGGAGUAUAUUGCCAAAACGGAGACUUCGAAAAGGUUAUAAAUAUCUUUAGGGGAAUGGAGAAGAUCGACCUCUACAGUUUCGGAACGGUUAUUCGUGCGUGUGCUGGGUUAGCAGCUGUAACUCAAGGGAAGGAGGUUCACUGUCAGUAUGUAAGAAAGGGUGGAUGGAGAGAUGUCAUUGUGGAAUCAGCUCUAGUCGACUUAUACGCGAAAUGUGGUUGUAUUGAUUUUGCAUAUCGAAUCUUUGAGCAGAUGCCAACAAGAAACUUGAUCACGUGGAACUCGAUGAUUCGUGGGUUCGCUCAGAAUGGAAGAAGUGGGAUUUCUAUUGAGAUAUUUGAAGAGAUGAUUAAGGAAGGGAUUAAGCCUGAUUAUAUCAGUUUUAUUGGUGUUCUUUUUGCUUGUAGUCAUACAGGUUUGGUCGAUCAAGGGCGACAUUACUUCGUUCGAAUGACCGAGGAAUAUGGAAUCAAACCAGGAAUCGAGCAUUAUAAUUGUAUGGUUGAUCUUCUCGGCCGAGCUGGGCUGCUAGAAGAAGCUGAAAAUUUGAUCGAAAACGCAGACUUCAGAAACGAUUCGUCUCUUUGGCAGGUUCUUCUAGGGGCUUGUACUACCUCUACAAACUCUGGUACUGCAGAACGCAUCGCCAAGAAAAUGAUGGAGCUUGAACCUCAACACCAUUUAAGCUAUGUUCUCCUGGCUAACGUGUACAGAGCAGUAGGCCGAUGGGACGACGCGUUGACGAUCAGGAAGUUGAUGAAAAGCCGUCAGGUGAAGAAGGUGCCUGGUCAGAGCUGGAUGUAGAGGGCAAAACAUCAAGGUUAUGAGCCUCAUAUCAAACCCGAAUUCAAGGCCGAUGAUGGCUUGGCAUUGAUUAUCAAAAUAUGGGGUCAGCUAUUGUUUUCUUGCUCGUCCCAAGAUGGAGAACAGCCAUGAGAAGUCAGCCACUAAACAUAUCGAGAGCGUACCGACCUGGUCGAAAAGGUUAUUUAGACGUUAUUAACGGGGAUUAUUGAAAGUUCGUGAAUUUUCCAGGGAGACUAUCAGUUGCAAUUUUCAGUUAAUUAGACUGGAGAAGGAGAUCUAACUACUUGCCAGCAUUAACAUCAUGAGAUUGAGUCUUUUAUUUUGAUUUUUCUCUUCAUUUCCCUUCAGGAAAAGCUAACUUAUUUAUUUGUUACAUGUGUUUCUUACAAAUUUUUAAAGCUCUAUUUAUAUAUCAAUAAAUUGUAGU